CACAUCAUUUCAUUCCCCUUUGAGAAACCUAUGGACUUAACACACUCCACUGUACCAUGUUUGCUGAAACCGAAGCUAACUCCGAAGCCACUUCUUGAAGGCAAUCCGUCUAUGAGAAGGAUAAUGCGAGACGUUUCUAACUCAAAACCAUCAGCAUUUGGUAACGUUUUCACGAAUUUAGUCGUCAAAGCGAGAAAAGAAACCGACUUUGAAACCGCUGUUAUUGAGAAGCCGAAGCAGCGGUUUAAGGUAUCACAGGGUGAUCCGACGCCGUAUGGAGCAACUUUUCGAGACGGUGGAGUCAAUUUUUGUAUAUUUUCAAGUAAUGCAGUUUCCGCUACUCUUUGCUUGAUCACUCUCUCUGAUUUGCAAGAGGGGAGAGUCACUGAAGAAAUCUUCCUUGAUCCUUUUAUCAAUAGAAGUGGAGAUGUGUGGCAUGUAUUUGUCAAAGGUGAUUUUAAAGACAUGUUAUAUGGAUACAAAUUCGAUGGCAAGUUUUCUCCUGAGCAAGGACAUUACUAUGACUCCUCUAAAAUUGUGUUGGAUCCUUAUGCGAAAGCAGUUAUCAGUAGAGGGCAGUUUGGUGUUCUGGGGCCGGAUGAUAAUUGCUGGCCUCAAAUGGCCUGCAUGGUGCCUAAUUCUGAGGAUGAGUUUGACUGGGAAGGAGAUUUACCUUUGAAGCAUCCACGGAGAGAUCUUGUAAUAUAUGAAAUCCAUGUUCGAGGAUUUACAAGACAUGAAUCAAGCAGAACUGAAUUUCCUGGCACAUACCUUGGUGUAGUGGAGAAGCUUGAUCACUUGAAGGACCUUGGAGUUAACUGUAUAGAGUUGAUGCCAUGUCAUGAAUUCAAUGAGCUGGAGUAUUUCAGCUACAAUUCUUUCUUGGGCGAUUAUAAGGUUAAUUUUUGGGGGUAUUCCACUGUCAAUUACUUUUCUCCUAUGAUUAGAUAUUCAUCUAAUGGCACACAUAAUUGUGGCCGUGAUGCGAUUAAUGAAUUCAAGCUUCUUGUCAAGGAAGCACAUAAACGAGGAAUUGAGGUCUUCAUGGAUGUUGUGUUUAAUCACACAGCUGAGGGCAAUGAGAAAGGUCCUUCUUUGUCAUUUAGAGGUGUUGACAACAGUGUUUAUUACAUGUUGGCUCCUAAGGGAGAAUUUUAUAAUUAUUCAGGCUGUGGGAAUACAUUCAAUUGCAACCAUCCUGUUGUGCGUCAAUUUAUAGUUGAUUGUUUGAGAUACUGGGUAACAGAAAUGCAUGUGGAUGGCUUUCGCUUUGAUCUUGCUUCUAUAAUGACUAGGGGCAGCUGCCUUUGGGAUGCAGUCAAUGUAUAUGGGAUUCCGGUAGAAGGUGAUUUGUUGACUACUGGCAGCCCUCUCAGCAGUCCACCACUAAUUAGCAUGAUUAGUAAUGAUCCAGUACUCCGUGGAGUGAAGCUUAUAGCAGAAGCAUGGGAUGCAGGGGGUCUAUAUCAAGUUGGCAUGUUUCCACGCUGGGGUAUUUGGUCAGAAUGGAAUGGGAAGUAUCGUGACAUAGUGCGACAAUUUAUUAAGGGUACUGAUGGCUUUUCUGGUGCUUUUGCUGAGUGCCUGUGUGGGAGCCCCAAUUUAUACCAGGAUGGAGGAGGAAAGCCGUGGAACAGUGUCAACUUUAUAUGUGCACAUGAUGGUUUUUCCUUGGCUGAUUUAGUGACCUAUAACCACAAACAUAAUUUGGCAAAUGGGGAGAACAACAAUGAUGGAGAGAUUCAUAAUAAUAGCUGGAACUGUGGACAGGAGGGAGAGUUUGCAGACAUUGCGGUGAAGAAACUGAGAAAACGACAAAUGCGGAAUUUCUUCCUCUGCCUCAUGGUUUCCCAAGGUGUGCCAAUGAUUUAUAUGGGCGAUGAAUAUGGACACGCAAAAGGAGGAAAUAACAAUACAUAUUGCCAUGAUAACUAUAUAAACUAUUUUCGUUGGGAUAAAAAGGAAGGCUUAUCAUCAGACUUCUUCAGAUUUUGCCAACUUAUGACCAAGUUCCGCCAUGAAUGUGAGUCACUUGGUUUAGAUGACUUCCCAACAGCGGAGAGGCUUCAGUGGCAUGGCUAUGCUCCUGGGAUGCCAGAUUGGUCAGACGCAAGCCGUUUUGUGGCUUUCACAUUGAUUGACUCUGUUAAGGGAGAAAUCUAUGUUGCCUUCAACACCAGUCACUUGGCUGUAACUGUUGCACUGCCUGAGCGGCCUGGAUAUAGGUGGGAGCCGUUGGUAGACACCAGCAAGUCUGCACCAUUUGACUUCCUCUCUAGUGAUCUUCCAGAAAGGGAAACAGCAAUAAAACAGUAUUCUCACUUCCUUGAUUCCAAUCUUUAUCCUAUGCUUAGUUAUUCUUCUAUCAUUUUAUUAUUAUCACCACAUGAAAAUCCUUAAGCCAAAAACCCUAAUAAGGAGUGGAGCAGGGCAAAUCCCAUUUCAAAUUCAUGUAAAUAUGUAAAGAUUGAGUUUGAGAUAAGUGCAUGGAAACAUCCCUUGUUUCUUGUAA